AUGCAGCACAGGCCUAGAAGUGACCUGCCAAUAUGCGCCAGUUGCAGCAACAGCAUCUACGACGGUCAAUACUUGCAGGCCUUGAACGCCGACUGGCACGCCGAUUGUUUCAGGUGCUGCGAAUGCGGAGCCUCACUCUCGCACCAGUACUACGAGAAGGACAGCCGUCUCUACUGCAAGAAAGACUAUUGGGCUCUCUUUGGAGAGCUGUGCCAUGGCUGCUCAGAACAGAUAGCCAAAGGACUCAUCAUGGUGGCUGGAGACCAGAAGUACCACCCCGAGUGUUUCAGCUGCCUGAACUGCCAGACGUUCAUUGGCGAUGGAGAUACGUAUGCCCUGGUGGAACGCUCCAAGCUCUACUGUGGGCACUGUUACUACCAGAUGGUGGUCACGCCGGUGAUGGAUCAGCUGCUUCCAGAGUCACCAGGAACCCGGAUCCCACACACGGUCACCCUCGUGUCCAUCCCAGCCUGUUCUGAUGGCAGGCGUGGUUUCUCAGUGUCCAUUGACCAGCAUGGUGGUUCGGAACACCCCCACACUGUCCGUGUCCGAGAAUUGGACCCAGACUGCAUCAGCCCUGAUAUGAAGAACUCCAUCCACGUUGGUGACCGCAUCCUGGAGAUCAACGGCACGCCCAUCCGUCACGUCCCCCUGGAUGAGAUUGAUUUGCUGAUCCAGGAGACCAGUCGCCUGCUGCAGCUGACCAUUGAACAUGACCCCCACGAGAUCCUGGAGAGCAGCCCCCUCUCGGAGUUGCACAGCCCCCUCCACUCGCCCAGCCGCACGCCUUGCCCGGAACCGGCAGCCAUUCGCCAGCGCUCCGUCAUGCGCAGCUGCAGUAUUGACAAGUCUCCGUGCUCCAGCUCCCUGAGCUCUCCUGCCUCCCAACGGAAGGACAUCGGCCGCUCUGAAUCGCUGCGGGUCGUCUCGCGCCUCCACCGCAUCUUCCGCCCCUCGGACCUCAUCCACGGCGAAGUGCUGGGCAAAGGCUGCUUUGGACAGGCCAUCAAGGUGACUCACCGGGAGACCGGAGAGGUAAUGGUUAUGAAGGAGUUGAUCCGUUUUGAUGAAGAAACCCAGAGGACGUUCCUCAAGGAGGUGAAGGUGAUGCGGUGCCUGGAGCACCCCAACGUGCUGAGGUUUAUUGGGGUCCUCUACAAGGACAAAAGGCUGAACUUCAUCACAGAGUACAUCAAAGGGGGAACGCUGCGUGGAAUCAUCAAGAACAUGGACAGUCAGUAUCCCUGGAGCCAAAGGGUCAGCUUUGCUAAGGACAUUGCUUCAGGAAUGGCGUAUCUUCACUCCAUGAACAUCAUCCACAGAGACCUCAACACCCACAACUGUCUUGUGCGAGAGAACAAGAGCGUGGUUGUGGCAGAUUUCGGCUUGGCCCGGCUCAUGGUGGACGAGAAGAACCAGCUGGCCAGUUUGAAAAAACCUGACCGUAGGAAGCGGUACACGGUGGUGGGGAAUCCCUACUGGAUGGCUCCCGAGAUGAUCAACGGCAGGAGCUAUGACGAGAAGGUGGACGUCUUCUCCUUUGGCAUCAUCCUGUGCGAGAUCAUUGGCAGGGUCAGUGCAGACCCCGACUACCUGCCCCGAACCCUGGACUUUGGCCUCAACGUGCGGGGCUUCCUGGACCGCUAUUGCCCCCCCACCUGUCCCCCCAGCUUCUUCCCUAUCGCUGUCUGCUGCUGUGACAUGGAUGCCGAGAAACGGCCCUCCUUCGCCCGGCUGGAACAGUGGUUGGAGGCGCUCCGCAUCCAUCUGGCCAUGCAGCUCCCACUGAGUUCGCAGCUGGAGCAGCUGGACCGGGCCUUCUGGGAGAUUCACCGCCGGGCUGAUGGGGGGCUGCCUGUCCACGCCGAAGUAUCCGAAUGAGCGGGCCAGAGAUCGACAUGCCGUGCUGAGCCCCCGCGUCCCCGUAUGUGUGGCGGAGCGCCCUCGUG